GAUCAAUUGUGGAUACUAAAAGAAAAAAAAAUGUUUCGUUUAAAAACUUUUAUCGUUUGUUUUGUUUGGAUUGAAUUUUCAAUCGGUUUUUUGGAUUAUGUUUCAUGUGGACCAGAACAAGUUCAUAUAUCAUAUGGCGCUGGUCCAAAUCAAAUGUAUGUUACUUGGUUAACUCAUGAACAGCCAUCAGGACAGCCAUUAGUUGAAUAUGGUAUUCAAUCGAGAAAAUAUGAUAUGAGAAAAUUUGGUAAUAUGACUAAAUUUCAUACUUCUUAUUCAAGAUAUGUUUAUCGAGUUCAACUUGAAGAUCUUAAACUAAAUACUACAUAUUAUUAUCGUUGUGGUUUUGAACAAGAAUUUAGCAAUGAAUUUAGUUUCCGUACUCGUCCACUUGAUCAAGAGCAUUGGAAUCCACGAAUCGCUGUAUUUGGUGAUAUGGGUCUGAAAAAUGGUCAAUCUUUUCCUUUUUUAAAACAACAGGCAUCAAAAAAUGCAUACGAUGCUAUAUUCCAUGUUGGUGAUAUUGCUUAUGAUAUGCAUGAUGAUAGUGGUUCGAAAGGUGAUAAAUUUAUGAAUGAAAUUGAACCUAUUGCUGCAAAUAUUCCCUAUCAAGUUGUUGUUGGAAAUCAUGAAGAUGAUAAAUAUAAUUAUACCGAUUAUAAUAGUCGUUUUACAAUGAUUGAUGAAUCAAGUGGAAAAAUGAACAAUAUGUUUUAUAGUUUUAAUAUUGGUCCAGCUCAUGUAAUUGGAUUUUCAUCAGAAUUUUAUUAUUCUACCCAAUAUGGUAUAAAACAAAUUGAAAAUCAAUUUGAAUGGUUGGAACAAGAUUUAAGAGAAGCAAAUCGACAUGAAAUCCGAUCAGAACGUCCAUGGAUUAUAGCAAUGGCACAUAGACCAAUGUAUUGUAGUACAGCUGAUGAUGAUGAUUGUACAGAAAAUGAAUCGAUUUUACGUAAAGGAAUUCCGAUCGUAAAUCAAUAUGGAUUAGAAGAUUUAUUCUAUAAAUAUGGUGUGGACAUUAUUUUCGGAGCUCAUGAACAUACAUAUGAAAGAUUAUUUCCCGUUUAUGAUCGUAAAGUUUAUAAUGGUUCGACAGAUGAUGCAUAUAAUCAACCAAAAGCACCUGUACAUAUUUUAGUCGGUUCAGCUGGUUGUCCGGAAAAAAUUGAUCCAUUUAUAACAUAUCCAAAACCAUGGAGUGCUAAACGUAUUUCCAAUUAUGGUAUAACCGAAAUGUUAAUUUUAAAUAAAACACUUAUCCGUUUUAGACAACGUGAUACUACAAUGAAUGGAGCUAUGGUUGAUGCAUUUCAUAUAAUCAAAGGACGUUGGAAUUAACGUUUUUUUUUUAAAUUUAAAUUUAAUUUUUUGUUCAAUUUGAAUAAAUCUAAAUAUGUAUGUUAUAUAAGCGGCACAGCAAGGUAAUAAUUUUGUUUCAAUAAUAUUAAAAAAUUUUCAAACUAAA